AUGGAAGCUCUUGAAGCAGCAAUCAAGCGUGGAGCUCAUCCUUCAGCACAAGCACCUGAAGCGGCCACUGCACUUCGCAAAGAAGUUGAGGAGAAAGUAGCCCAGGGAUAUGCUCGAUUGAUCCCUUGGACAGAACUGAAAAAAUCACUCCCAUCCAACAUUCGAAUCAGCCCAAUAGCUGCAAUUCCACACAAGAGUCGUGCCUAUCGAAUGAUUCUGGACUUGAGUUAUAUGUUUACUCUGGAUGGGAUCCCGUGGUCUUCAGUCAACACAGCGUCAACUCCAUCUGAUCCACCACUUCAAUCCAUGACACAGUUGGGUCAAGUCCUUCCACGUUUGAUUCAUCGCAUGGCUACCAGCUCUGAAGACGAGGGGCCUUGGGUGUUCAUGAAGCUGGACAUCAAAGACGGUUUUUGGAGAAUGGUGGUACCAGAGGAUCAAGAGUAUAAUUUCUGUUACGUACUCCCUCAAACGACCCCCAACGAACCAAUCCAAAUCGUGGUCCCAAGCUCACUCCAAAUGGGCUGGAAGUAUAGCCCGCCUUACUUCUGUGCGGCCACUGAGACUGGAAGGGAUGUCGCCGAAACAUUGGCAUCCAAAUCAACACUCCCACCUCACCCUUUUGAAACAAUGACAAUGAACAUUGAUGAAGAGCUGAACUUAUUCCAAAUUCAACACCCUUCUCAGUGGACUGAGGAUGAGCUACCAGAACGGCUCCAAAACUUGAACCGGCUCUUGGAGGUUUAUGUGGAUGACUUCGUGGCUGCAAUCCAGUGUACCAACCCCCAAGUUCUCCUGCAUCAUUCCAGAGCAUUGCUCCACGCCAUUCACUCUAUCUUCCCGGCUGCACCUGACCCAGACCGAGACCCGGACGAUGAACCGGUUUCCCUAAAAAAACUACUGCAAGGCGAAGGUGUUUGGGCCUUUCGCAAAGAGAUUCUAG